CUCGCGCUGAACUCCAGCCCCUCUCGCGCUCUCUCUAUCAGCCUUUCAUUCCGUCUCAAUAUGUCUCAAGAUGGCGGCCAAUGCGGGAUCGAUGUUUCAAUAUUGGAAACGCUUUGAUUUGAAGCAGCUCCAGAAAGAACUGGAUGCCACCGCCGGAGCCCUAGCCAACAGACAGGAUGAAAGUGAGCAGUCCAGGAAAAAACUCAUCGACCAAAGCCGCGAGUUCAAGAAGAACACUCCAGAGGAUUUGCGUAAACAGAUAGCUCCUUUGCUGAAGGGCUUCCAAGCAGAGAUCGACGCCUUGAGUAAAAGAAGUAAAGAAUCAGAGGCUGCUUUCCUCAGCGUGUACAAGAGAUUAAUCGAUGUCCCAGAUCCUGUCUCGGCUCUGGAGGCAGGUCAGCAACUCCAGGUGACUGGUCGGAAGAUGCACGACUUGGAGACAGAAAACCAGAGACUCAAAGAUACACUACAAGAGUACGAACGAGAAAUUGCAGAGGUUAAAAACCAAGAAGUCACUAUUAAAGCACUUAAAGAGAAGCUGGAGCAGUAUGAGCAUUCUCUGCAGGCCAAGAACACAGAGGAAGCUCCCGAUCAGAACCAGGACCCAUCAGGAAGAGAAGAGGGGGAAAGCAAAGGGGAAAACCUUCCUAACAACUAUGCAGACAAGGAGAGUCAGCCACAGCCGAGCCAGGACAGCAGGACAGAAGACUUGGACAUGAAAACGCAGUCCUUACAAACAGCACUUGAAGCAACUCAGGCAGAACUCGAUGAACUGAAGAUAAAAUACGAUGAAGAAUCCACAGCAAAGGCCAAUGAGAUUGAAGCGGUGAUGACAGAUCUGGAAAGAGCCAAUCAGAGGGCCGAGGCAGCAGAGAGGGAGGCUGUGAGCCUGAGGGAACAGCUCACUUCAGCUCAACCAUCCAAUCAGAUCCAGAAAGCACCGGAAAUGGACAAGUCUCCGGAGGCGCUGUCUUGCAGCAAUUUAGAGGCAGAGCUUGGUGCGAAGGAGAGAGAGGUAGAGCGUUUGGCUGAGGACGUUCAGAGACUUCAGGCCAGUCUGGCCCAGCUCAGCGAGACAUCCACCAAUCAGAUCAGCCAGCUCGAGCAGCAGCUGAGCUCCAAAGAGGCCCUAUUAAAGCAACUUGAAGAAAAGCUUCAAGAGCAGUCAGACUACGAGGAGAUCAAACGAGAACUGGGCAGCCUGAAAUCAGUGGAGCACAACUCAUCAGAUCAUCACUCUUCAGUACAGGACUCAUCCAAGCCAUUGGAGAUGUUGCUGACGGGGAAAGUCCAUAGCCAGCUGUCAGAGAGCGCUUUGAAACGACUGGCCAACAAUGACUUCAGCGGAUCAGUGCGGCGGAAAAGUAAAGAAACCACAGUGGAAAACCCUCAGCGUCUUCCUGCCACUCCAGUCCCUACCACACUCCAGGGGUCCCCCCCUCCCCCCUCCCCCCAGCUUUUGAUGAGGACGGGAACCGCUACCUCCGAAUCUGCUGCCAGUGCCAACGGUACCCAUCCUUUCUCCCCCACGGGCAUCGGGCCAGACUUCUUUACCCCCGGCAUGGCCAGCGUGGGUGCCACGUUCCCCCCGUUAGCUGGCAAAAUGGCACUCAACUCUCUUCUUCAGAGGCAGCUCAUGCAAACCAUCUACACCAAAGCCCUCCACGACACUUCUCCAAGUUCUGUGCUCUUCGGGCCACCCCAUUACGCUACAACCAACUCUCUCUCCAGCCCCCUACCCCCGCAGUCAGCGGGCAGCCCGGAGGUUAACGGCCUGGCACCCUCUCCCAGCCAGUCGGAGGGUGCAGGCAGUACGUCAGAAGGGGAGGAAAUGGACACAUCUGAGAUCGCUCGACAGGUCAAGGAGCAGCUGAUCAAACACAACAUCGGCCAGCGUGUGUUCGGCCAUUAUGUGUUGGGUCUGUCCCAAGGCUCGGUUAGUGAGAUUCUGGCCCGGCCCAAACCCUGGAGCAAGUUGACUAUCCGUGGCAAAGAGCCCUUUCACAAGAUGAAGCACUUCCUGUCUGAUGAGCAGAACAUCCUGGCACUUAGGAGCAUCCAGGGCAGGCAGAGAGAGAACCCAGGCCAGAACCUGAACAGAGUGUUUCAGGAUGUUCCGAAGCGAAGAACCGGCUCGGAAGGCUCCACGCGGCCAGGUAACAUCACCACACGGAUCCGCACGCCUGAGACUGGCUCCGAUGAAGCCAUCAAGUCCAUCUUGGAACAGGCAAAGAGAGAGUUGCAAGUGCAGAAAGCAGACGGUGUGGGGGAGAGGCAUCGGCGAUCAGGUUACCACAGAGGGUCGGGCAGCUAUUUCCAAAUAUAUGCACACAGUCUAAGACUUGUUGAGAGUUCUCAGCCUCCGUCCUCCUCCAGCAGCUCCGACGAGAACAUUCGUUCCAUCCUUGAGCAGGCUCGGAGGGAGAUGGAGGCCCAGCAGGUGGCUCUGGAGCCUGUACUGAAGGCCAACUCUAUGGCCCCGACUGAUCUCUCGCUCCUGGGCUCCCCGCUCUCCACCCUCCCAUACACCCCUAUUGCUCAGUCUCUGAAGAAGCCCUCCACCUCUCCUCUCUUGGACUUCCACAGUGGAGUGAAGAAGGAGAUGGGUGAGGUGGCCGUCUCAGAUGUGGGGGUGGACGGUGUGCCCAAGCUCGGACGUCUCUCUGAGAGUGGAGGAGGUUUAGGUGGGGGUUCUUGGAGGGAGCACUGGUGGAGCACAGGUCUCUCUGAGCGUCGCGGAACUGGGCAGCCCUCUGUUAGUGAAGAUGCACACGGCCAAGAGGAUAGCAAGGAGAAGCUCCCUCGGCUGGGCAGCACUGCGCCCGUGGCUCCUGCUUCCUCUCUGGAUUACUGGAAAGACUGGCCGAGCUCAGAGUCCCCAUACUCCCAGAGCUCAGAGCUGAGUCUGCAGAUGCCCAGCGGCAGCGAGACCCCUCAGAGCAGCCCACUGCCUUCCUCCUCGCCUUUACUGUCCCUCCCCAAAGUCGCCAAACCUGUAGUGCCCCCGCUUACACCUGAGCAGUACGAGUACUACAUGUACCAGGAAGUGGACACUGUCGAUCUCACACAGCAGGUCAAAGACAAACUAGCCAAGAAUGGCAUCUGCCAACGAAUCUUUGGCGAGAAGGUGCUAGGCCUCUCUCAGGGGAGCGUGAGCGACAUGCUCUCUCGGCCAAAGCACUGGAGCAAGCUCACACAGAAAGGGAGAGAGCCGUUUAUACGCAUGCAGUUAUGGCUGAACGGAGAGCUGGGCCAGGCACUGCUGCCAAUGCCUGGACAGACACAAGAGAUUACUCCGAAGACCUCAGCCAGCUGCAGUCCUGCCCCAGAAUCCCCUCUGAGUUCGGCUGAAGAGUCGGUUAAAAGCCAGCAGGAGGAGCAGAUGUGCCAAGCGUCCAUCCAGGAGCCCAGUGAAACUUCCGAGUCCCAGCCCGGCACGCCUCUACCGUUACCUCUGCCGGGACACGCGGGUCUCAGCAUACAAGAGAUGGUAGCAAUGUCGCCCGAGUUGGACACCUACGCCAUCACUAAGAAAGUGAAAGAAGUUCUAACAGAUAACAACCUUGGCCAGCGUCUGUUUGGUGAGAGCAUCUUGGGUUUGACGCAGGGCUCCGUGUCUGAUCUGCUGGCCCGGCCCAAGCCCUGGCACAAGCUCAGCCUGAAGGGCCGAGAGCCGUUCGUACGCAUGCAGCUGUGGCUAAACGACCCACGGAACGUGGAGAAGCUCAUGGACAUGAAGCGCAUGGAAAAGAAAGCCUACAUGAAGAGGCGCCACAGCUCCAUUGGUGAGAGUCAUUUGCUGGAGAGUGGUCUAUCAGGAAGUGACCUCACUCAGAGCGCCAGCCCCCAAAACCUCUCCCAGCAGCAUCAGCAGCAGCAGCAGCAACAACAGCAGCAUCAGCCCCAUCUGAAGAAACCCCGUGUGGUGCUGGCUCCAGAAGAGAAGGAAGCUCUGAAGAGGGCCUACCAGCAGAAGCCUUACCCCUCCCCUAAAACCAUUGAGGAGUUAGCGAGCCAGCUCAACCUCAAAACCAGCACAGUCAUCAACUGGUUCCACAACUACAGUCUCGUUCGUGGUUCCCACAGAUCCCGUAUCCGACGAGAGCUCUUUAUAGAAGAGAUUCAGGCGGCGGCCGGCGAAGGCGGGUCCCCCUCGGCGCGGCCCGGGAAGUCUGGGGGCGAGGGAGACAACAGCUGCGAUGGCACCGAGUCUGACAGCACUGCAGAGGGCCGACCGAGCGGCUCCGAGGAGCGCAGGGGCCUCCUGGAGAGCCCCAACCUCAGCCACAGAGACGAAGAGGGCGAGGCCGAGUUCCCCAGCGCCUCGGGCACCAGCAGGCCACGAGGAGGCAUCAUAGACAGCCUCUUCGGCAUCCCCGAGUCUGUAUCCACCGCCCCCGCCACUGCCACAGCGACCCCCUGCCGAAACCCAAAGGACAGCAGUCUGCGCAAGAAGAAAGCAGCCAACCUCAACAACAUCAUCCACAGGCUGGAGAAGGCGGCAAACCGCGACGAGCCUCACGAAUGGGAGUUCUGAGGCGCCGCCAUGUUGUUGUUUUAUUCUCACUUUGUCCCUCACUGAGCUAACCCGGCCAAACCUGGUGCACACACAACACCGGUUAACCCAAGGGGUUUCGAUUUGCUGUUUAGAAGUGGGCUAUCAGAGACACGAACAAGAAAAGGAAACAAGUUUUUAGUCUGUUUAUUUUGUGAAGCACUUAGCGGCCCUGCUGGCCACAGGGCUGUGAGACCAUUGGCUAAUGGUGAAGACACAAAACUGAAAAGCACAGGAGAGGGAGCGUUCCCACUAAAUAUUCUCAAGACUGGUGACAGUCACCAAAAAAAACAAAAAAAACAACAAAUACACACUAUGAAAUCACAGUGUCUCUGUUUCUAAUAGAGAAGUUCUCACCAACAAGCUGAAUAACUGUUACAGUAAUUUAUCAGUUCUCAAGGCUCUUGGGAGUUUCCUCUUUUGUAUCACGUACACUUCGGCCGUCAGCAGAGACUAGUUCGAACCGGUUUCAAACCAAAAGCCAAGCAUUUAAAAGCAAGUGUUGGCUGAAGGAACACGGGUGCACCGUCCCACCUGCCUCUCCCUCCCUACCCCAGAGGAGGCCAUCCAAUGGCUAUGCAACUCUAGUACGCAAUGGAUUCCAGUGUAAUGGAACCCGCAUUAUUUUCACAGUUCGGAAGCUUCUCCGAUGUGAGAAGAAAAUCCUUUUUAUAGCAAUUAAGUUGCCACCGAGAGAUUGCACAGUCAGUUGACUCUAAACAGCACUCCUUUUGAUUUUACACGCCAACGGCCUAAAAGAGAAAAAAAAUCACGUGAAUGAAAAAUAAUCGUCGUAAAUAAGAAUCCAUGAUCACGCAAAAAUUCAUACUGUUGUUGUAAGUUUGACACGAAUGGGUGACGGGAAUAAUUUCGUAACUCGAUAGCUAAGUGUCAAUUUUUAUCGUUAUUUAGGUCUGUUGUAAGGUUAGCGCUCGUUUAUUUUUUUCCAUAGCUUUAAUUGCCUCCGCGACUUGUGUUUUGAAGUCCGUGGAGGUCUUGUUUAAUAAUAAAUGUCAUUUUAGGCCAAAACAAAGACAGAUAGUGAAGAAAAAAGGCUUUGUACAGUACUUUGAGUAAAUAUUCCUGACAAGAUAUUUUUUAAAGAGAAUGAACUUGCCUGAUUUUUAUCCUCUUAUAAUAGAAUCAGAGACCUCUAACCAAGUUGGGCAGUUUGGGCCCAUAGAAUUACAAUUCUAAUCCAAUAUCUAUGGUGUUAUAAAUUCUAAUUCUAUGGUGUGGCCGUGGGCCACUGCACUGUAUGGGCUGGUCCUCAGCACCAGGGUACCGGACGCGGGCUGAAGUCGACCUAACAGCUCGCUCUCGUGCAAACUCAAAACUUCAGGUUUUUCACCAGCUUCUCCAUUCACUAUUCACUCAACCGUAAACGAGCUUUCCGUGGCGUCUGCAACAUUGCCGAGUUUGUUCACGGCAUGCAUCUGUCCUCCGAGACGACUGGAAAAACACCUUGCGAAAUGGACUUAAGUUUUUUCUUCAUACUGUAUAUGACGGAGGACUUUUCAUCCACAUUUCUUGUUAAACACACAUUUUAAAAAAAGAGGAAAAUAUGUAGUUUGUGAAUGAAAAGCUCUUUUAACGUUAGCAGCCUGAGGUGAAUCUCUACACGGCAAGGACUCGGCCCCUCUGUAGAAACGUUCUUUCUCUCCUGAAACACCUUUUGAAACCUGCUCACCUUUCACCUCUGGCCCUUGUGUCAUUGUAUGCAGUUGAUUUUGUGAACGAAAGCGCAGAUCGGUGGUACCACGCGCUCGUCUGUGUGCGAACCUUGAGUGUGUGUGUGUGUGUGUGUGUGUGAUUGUUGACAAGAGCGAUCUAUAUUUGUAUAUUACUACUACUACUCACCACAGGCGGUGGAAGCAAACACCUCCUCACAUCCCUAAGCUAUUUAGCAGUCCUGCAGCAUAUCACAUAGUACAUUUAAGUUUUUUUUAUUUACACGCAUAAACUAAUGGUAGAUAUUUUUUUUGUUUGUUGGUGUGGUUUGCUUAUUUAUAGAUGCUGUCUUUUACAUAUUGAUGUCUUAUAUUGUUAUACGUGUUCUUUUUUUGUAAUGGAAGGGACUAUAAAAGGUCAGGUUACAUAUUUUUAGACUAAUAGACUGCCGGCAGUAUUGGAUUACAUUUAAAUGAUGUACUUUUGAUACAUGUCUAUUGAUUAAUUCUGAAAAUUAUCAUUUUUGUUUUGUUUGUUUGUUUUGCAUAUAUUUUACUCUGUUAGUGAGCUGGAUGAACAGUUACUACAUUGACAAAGGAAGCAGAAUUUAUAUGUAUUGCAUUAAUGAUUUUAAUUAGUACGCAUUUUUAGAUGUUUUAACCAUUUUUAAAGAUUACAAUUCAAGAUGAAUUGUGUUUGGCUGUAUUCACUACAAAGGCAAACCGAUUGAUGCUCUUGAAUUGGGUUUUCAGGUUAAUAAUUAACCUGCGAACGUUCUGAUAAUGUAUGUUUAAAAAAAUCGCAAUCAAGCUUAGUUGCUAUAAAGAGCCAGUGAACAACUGGUAGUUAACGUCACUGAAAUUAGCUGUCGCUUUGAGCUGCACCUUGAGGAAUUGGACUUUUUUUUUGUGCGUAAAAAUUUAUGCCGAAAAACUAAUUCGGUUUAAAACUACCUUUGGCCUUUUUUUUUCAUUUUCUUUUUUUAUUUGAUGUGUGCCAAUGAAUGAUUCAAAUCAAAUUUGUCUCUUUAAGACCUAACGAAAGCACAGAGAGAUACUUCAUGAACCAAUGUUUUUAUCGGAAUAUACGAAAAUGUUGAAAGCCUGUGACUGUUUCUCGAACUUUCUCUCCACGUCUAACAUUGGAGUGCCUUCACUGAAAACUGUUCGCUACUAUAAUCGCGUCGUCUUCAUUCCAAAUAAGUGAUUGGAAGUAUCGUGUGUCAGAUCGUACCACAUCUUAACAAUUUUCGCCAGCAAGUUUAAUAAUAAGGUCUCAUCUAGUCUCAGGUCAUAAUAUUCCGUACUUUUAAGGUGUCUGUGUUGUUUUAUCUGAGAGAAAACAGCUGUCCCAGGAUUCAAACUUGGUUACUCAAAAAACGAAGUUUUGUAAUGGUUAACUUCAUAUUUAUUCAUCCCAUAUGUAGUUUUAAUCAUUUCUAGGCAUUCAUUAGAUGAUUUUGACCAUGUUAUUGUAUUUUAACAGUAAGAUUCCCCAAUGCUUGAGGAAGUAUACAGAUGGAUUUGGUGUGUGGAAACUCUUUUGUAGACUAUGCUGUAGUGUGGACCAAAUUGUCAAAACAGACAAAUCAAAGUGUGAAGACUCUUUUCUGAUCAUAAACAUGUGAUUUCAAUUGAACACAGAUGAAGAAAAACACAUUUAGGAGCACAUUGAAAUCUGGUCUGUAUCAAGGUAGCUUUUUUUAUGUCUGUCACGUUCUCACUGACUGAAACGGUAACCGUACUGUUGAUAUCAUUGCAUGAAACACUUAAAGAAAAACACUUGGAGUUUCCAGACGAUUCUCAGUGCAGAUGUCCAGCACUUUUUCUCUGCUUUUUUGCAAAUAUUUUUCUAUGGAAAGUAUUGCAGAUGACUAAACACAUCAACAUUCGACUGCACAGACAGCACGUUUAUAUUAUUUCUUAAAAAAAGACAAAAAAAGACAAAAAUUAAAACAAAGCAAACAAAAAAAAGAUCAUCAUUAUUGAUAUUACAUUGGUAGUCUCGAGUAGCAUUAAUGUAGAUAUUCGUCCGUAGCUUAGUUCGCUAGUGAUUUGUCAUAAUUGUUACCUCGUUUAUUCCCUCACACUUACAUCACUUCCUGAGACAGUAUGUUCUUUCUUCACCUGAGACAGUAUGUUCUGAACAGCCACAGUUUGUUUCAUUGUAUCCCAGAUGGAGAAUUUCUCUCUAUCUAUCUUUUUUGUUUUGUUUUAAAGUUGUGUAAUUGUGUUAUAUGUGAGACGAGCACGACGAUUAUACAUCUGUCUCAGCGAGAGCAACACAAGUUAUCACGAUUAAUUUCGACCAACAAUCCAUGGAAGCUGGAUGUCUGGAUCAGGACGUUCAGAUCUCUCUCUCUCUCUCUGUUGUUGCUCAGUAUGCUGUAAUAUGGGUAAUAUGAAGCCUUGUAAUGAAAUAUGACAGGCAGCUCCCAAGUCAAGCUGGUAUCCUAUAGAUUCUCCUUAGGUCUCUCAAAGCUCAGGUAGAACCUCGGUUUAGCACAGUCCUUUUGUCCAUUAGUUUGUUGGUGACACUUUCCCUCUUACACCUGCUAAUGACAGUUGUAUGGUUUAUUUUUCUGUGUCAUGGUUUUGAACCACAAGAUGGAGCUGAAUCCUCCAUUUUACCUGAAUAAAGACUCUUCCACUUUGUUCUCUUGAUAUGCAUUUAGUUCAGUUGGUUUCUCCUUUGUGUAUAAUCAUGUAGUCUUGUAUUCUGUUCCCAGCGCUGUUACAGUUCUAAUCCAAAAUGAGAAAAAGCAAUAUCACUGUUUGAAAUUCAUUAUUAUUAUUAUUAUUAUUAUUAUUAUUCAUUACCACCAUAGGUGUAUUAACUGAAGUAAAUAUCUUUUGUACAAACACA